UUCGACAAGGAGGGCAGUACCGGGAUCUACAGUACCAAAAUAAGAUCAUCUAGCCUGUUAUACUAGAUUUGGAAGGGUCUUUUCAUUUUCUAUUACCUCGCUAAAACGGUGAGGAAAUCUUAUUAUUACAAGAUGCAUCUUCAGGCUUUUUAAAUCUAUACUUUCUCGCUAGGAAAACAAACAAAACAAAUCUAUUGUGUUGAGAAUAUCAACACUUUCGAGUCGCGGUCUGGGGGUGUGCGUGGCAGAUCGACAGAUUUAUUUGGUGGUCAAUUUAUUUUAGAACUGUUAUGUGAAGAUAAAACAAUAACUGGACAUGUCCAGAGGACAAACUCAAUCGAAUGGCAGGACGCUGGCAGAUGCAGGCGGUCCCGGUCCUGGUCCCGGUCCCGCUGACCCGUCUGCCAGCGGCCGGCACCGUGAAGGGGAGCCGAAACGCGGAGGAGCUUCACGCGACCCGUCUGAUUACCCGUCCAGCCCCGCGCUCUGCUCAGAUCCGUCCACAGCCUCCAGUGGAUGUCUGUCCUUUGACCACCCACGGCCAGACUUUCCACUAACGGCCGAUAGCAACUCGAUACAGACAGCGAGUCCAUCUGGCCAAACCGUCUACCACACACAGCCGCGAUCAGCCCAAGAUGACCAGAACCAAGAGCAGCAGAACCUCCAGAACCACGAGGCAUAUUCGGUGCGCCCCUCUGGGGGGGGUGUCCUGCAGCCGGUGCACUGGGUGGGACAGGAGCUGCGGCGGAUUGGCGAUGAAAUGAACCAGGAAUACACAGGCAGGGGGAGGAGCCGCUAUAUUAGUCAUUCUCUCUAUCAUUGGCUGGCCUUGCUGGUGGGCCGGCUGCUUCAGAUUCUCUUCAGAUGCAGAUGAUGGCUAGACACACCCCACACCCACCCCCUACAAACCCCCACA